UUUAUUUAUAUAUUUAUGCAUCGUGGCUUGUAUUUAUAUAACAGACUGCCGCCUGGAGUGAAAAUAGCGCCCGCAGCAUUUCAACAAAUUAUGGACGCUAUGUUGGCCGGUUUAAAGGGAGCUUGCGGGUACAUGGAUGAUGUGGUAGUUGGAGGCAGAACGAGCAAAGAGCACGACGAUAAUUUGUCCAGACUACUGCAUAGAAUACAAGAUUAUGGGUUCACAAUUCGAGAGGAAAAAUGUGCCUUCAAAAAUAAAAGCAUCGAGUAUUUGGGAUACAUCGUCGACCGUAAUGGAUUAAAACCAAACCCGGCAAAAAUAGCAGCAAUCCUCAACCUUCCUGCACCAACAGACGUGAGUGGUGUUCGCUCAUUUUUGGGAGCGGUCAACUAUUAUGGAAAGUUUGUCCCAAAAAUGCGCGACCUUCGUUACCCGCUGGACAAUCUGUUAAAGAACGACGGUAAAUUCACGUGGAAUCAACAAUGCGAAAAGGCAUUUCGCACGUUCAAAGAGAUCCUUUCAUCAAAGCUGCUUCUUACGCAUUACGAUCCGGCAGCAGACAUCAUUGUCGCAGCGGAUGCAUCAUCAGUGGGACUUGGGGCAACGAUCAGCCACAAGUUUCCGGACGGAUCAGUGAAGGUAGUUCAACAUGCUUCACGGGCCUUAUCAAAAGCUGAACAGAACUACAGCCAAAUAGAUCGUGAAGGAUUAGCCAUCGUUUUCGCCGUCACAAAAUUUCACAAGAUGCUGUACGGCCGACACUUCCAUCUGCAAACCGAUCACCGGCCCCUGCUUCGUAUUUUUGGAUCGAAAAAGGGCAUUCCAGUCUACACAGCGAACCGCCUGCAGAGGUUUGCCUUGACGUUACAGUUGUACGACUUUUCAAUAGAGUACGUGCCUACUGGAUCGUUUGGAAACGCCGACGUCCUGUCUCGACUGAUCAGGGACUACACUAAGCCGGAAUCGGACUACAUCAUCGCUAAUGUGCAGAAAGCUACACAAGAAGAUACAUUGUUAAGGAAACUCAGUCAUUAUGUAACGGACGGAUGGCCCCGUAACGCAUCUUUCGGGUCGGAGCUGGCACGAUUCCAUCAUCGGAAGGAAGGCUUGUCUACGGUAGACGGCUGCAUUUUGUUCGGGGAGAGAUUGGUGAUCCCUGAAAAGCUUCGUGCCAGAUGUUUGACGCAACUCCACCGAGGGCAUCCAGGCAUUCACCGGAUGAAGGCGCUAGCCAGAAGUUACGUUUAUUGGCCAUCCCUCGAUAAUGACGUACAGGAUGUUGUUGCGACUUGUCCAGCCUGUGCCGUCGCAGCAAAGUCUCCACCACACUCAGCUCCAGCACCGUGGCCCAAAGUUAGUACGCCUUGGCAACGGGUCCACAUCGACUACGCAGGACCUUUAAACGGCGAGUAUUUCUUGGUAGUAGUCGAUGCGUUUACGAAAUGGCCCGAGAUCAUCAAAACGUCCAGCACCACGGCAGUAGCAACCACAGCAAUAUUGAGAUCGAUUUUUGCACGUUUCGGAGUGCCUGUUACUAUCAUCAGCGAUAACGGCACACAGUUUGUUAGCUCAGAAUUUAAGGAAUUUUGUCUAAAGAACGGCAUAAACCAUAUUACUACAGCACCUUUCCACCCACAGUCCAAUGGCCAAGCCGAGCGUUUUGUCGACACGUUUAAAAGGGCAAUCAAGAAAAUCACAUACAAUGGACUGGGAAUACAGGAGGCCUUAGAUAUUUUCCUUCAAACAUAUCGCUCAACACCAAACGCACAAUUAGAAAACAGUACACCAGCAAAGCUAAUGUUUGGAAGGCCAAUACGUACAUGCUUAGAGUUAUUACAUCCCGUACCAACCCCUUUGUUAGAAAGUCAGCAUGGAACUAGAAGAGGAUUUCAAAACGGUGCUCCAGUAUAUGCUAAGUUGUUUAAACGUUUAGGGGGUUAUUCCCGAGAUGCUUGUCGGUUGACGGUAUAA